AUGAAGAAUCCUGGAUGUGAUUUAGCCGAAUGUCAAACUUCGGGUUAUCCAGUAAUAUUUUAUGGCAAUCAUUCUAUUGAUGAUGAUACAAUUCAUAUAUUAUAUUCGUCAUUCGAUGAAUUAACAAUUAGUAUUAUUCAAACAAAAAAAGGUUAUGGUCCACGUAUUAAUUAUACAGCAUUAUUUAACAAGAAUUAUUCAAAUGCAAUUGUAUUUGAAAAUACAACACCAUUAAAUUCAUUUUCAUUGAUUAUUCGACGUUUAAUGAAAUUUAAUGAUAAAGAUGAUACGGGUCGUUUAAAUAAAGACGAUAAUUCAAUAGAAUCAUAUUGGUUAAAUGAAUUAAAAACAAAUAUUGCUCGUCGAGGUAACAAUACAAAUCAACCAUCAUUUCAAUUACCAUUAGAUAUUAUCAAUGGUCUAUUAACUAUCGAUAUAAAUUAUCCAGGUGAAUCAAUGCGUGAUGCCAAGUUUCCAAAAUUACAUUCAACGUCAAAAAGUUAUUUUCUUAAUAUAGCUUUGAAAGCAAAUAAUUAUACAUUACCAAAUACACGAUUUGCAUUAGAAUUUUAUAUAAUACAAUUAGGUAUUGAAGGUACACAAUUUUCAUCAUCAAGAUAUAUCGAUGAUCAAUAUACACCAGGUAUUUUUAACGUUUGGCAAAUAAAAUCACUUAGUUCAAUAUAUUCAUCAUCUAUAUUAUGGAAACCUGUUGUAUAUCAAAGUGUUGAUCGAUCAGUAGAAAAAACUACUUUAAUGGAAAUAUAUGAUUUAAAAAAUAAUAUAUCACUUCAAAAAUCAAUUGAUCAAGGAAUUUUUAAUAGCUUUUAUGUUCAACCAUAUGUAUCAGCUUUUAAUAUUUCAUUUGGUCGAGCUAAAGAUGGCUUCUUUGCCAAAUCAAAUUAUACAUUUAUUCAAUUUACAGCUGGUUUAGAUAUACUUGAAGCAGAUUCAGUAAAAAAAUUUGUUACAAUUGCACUUAUUGCUAGUCUUGUUCUACCAGGUUUAGUUGCAUUUAUUGCAAUUUUAUUUAUUAUAAAACGUCAAUGCUCGAUGAGACAUAUCAGCAGUUAUGAUGUUAUUCAAGAUUAA